AAAAUGGCUUCUUUGUUGUGCUAUUCUCUCUUUUCUCUUGCCUUCAUUAUCACCUUUCAGCUAUUGAUACAAAGAAGAAGAUUCAAAAACCUUCCACCAUUUCCACCAACUCUUCCCAUAAUCGGCAAUCUUCAUCACAUCAAGCCCCCACUUCACCGUUCCCUUCACAAACUAUCACAAAAAUGUGGUCAUAUCUUCUCACUAUGGUUUGGUUCACGCAUUGUGGUUGUUAUCUCCUCCCCAAACUUAGUUCAAGAGUGCUUCACCAAAUACGACACCGUUCUCGCAAACCGGCCACAUUUCCUCACUGGAAAGUACCUCCUCUACAACAACACCACCUUGGGUGCCUCCUCCUACGGUGACCACUGGCGCAACCUCCGUCGUAUCACCGCCACCGAUGUCCUCUCAACGCCACGUCUGAACUCAUUCUUUGAAAUCCGAAGGGUAGAAACCAUGAGGGUCAUGCAAAAGUUGGCUCAAGACACAUGCAAGGGGUUCGCAAAAGUGCAACUUAGACACAGGCUCACGGAGUUGACUUUCAACAACAUGAUGAGGAUGAUCUCUGGGAAGAGGUACUAUGGCGAGGACAUUGACGUGACGGAUGCUAAGGAAGCGAAGCAGUUCAGAGAGAUCAUCUCAGAGAUGCUGUCAUUGUUGGGUGCAAACAAUAAAGGGGAUUUCUUGCCAUUUCUUCGGUGGUUUGAUUUUGAUGGUUUGGAGAAGAGGUUGAAGUUGAUUAGUAAGAGAGCCGAUGCAUUCUUGGAAGGACUCCUUCAAGAGCAUCGUAGUGGGAAGCACGAUGCCAAUACCAUGAUAGAACAUCUCUUGACCCUCCAAAUAUCGCAGCCAGAGUAUUACUCGGAUUAUAUCAUCAAAGGGCUUAUUCAGGGUAUGCUACUCGCUGGAACAGACACAACAGCUGUGACUAUAGAGUGGGCAAUAUCUGCUUUGUUGAAUCACCCUGAGAUAUUGAAGAAAGCAAAGGAUGAAUUGGACAGUUACAUAGGGCAAGAUCGCUUGGUAGAUGAGUCAGAUAUUCCAAAUCUCCCUUACCUUAAAAAUAUUAUCUACGAGACACUUCGAUUGUACCCUCCAGGUCCGUUACUAUUGCCUCAUUUUUCUUCAGAUGAGUGCAAUAUUGGAGGAUUUACUAUUCCUCGUGAAACUAUAGUGUUGAUCAAUGCAUGGACCAUUCACAGAGAUCCUGAAAUUUGGAGUGAUGCUACAUGUUUUAAGCCAGAGAGAUUUGAAAAAGAAGGGGAAGCAAACAAGUUAAUUGCAUUCGGCUUGGGAAGAAGGGCUUGUCCUGGUUUAGGUUUGGCAAAUCGUACGAUGGGCUUGACUUUGGGGCUAUUGAUUCAGUGCUUUGAAUGGAAACGACCAACUGAUGAAGAAAUUGAUAUGAGGGAGACAAAAGGGGUCGCCAUGCCAAUGCUAAUUCCAUUAGAAGCUAUGUGUAAACCACGACCAAUCAGUAAGAAAUUUAUGUAGUAAUUAAUAAUCUUGUC